CCUUCUGAGCUCAUCGUAAAAGAAUUUAUUGUGACGUUGCCGAAGUUGUAGAAUUGCAUCGCGUUGGGAAAUUUGAAAUACUUUUACAGUGAGGAUAGCGUCUAUUUCCUAGGUGGGCAGUCCGACGGAAUUGAUCAAUAUGAAAAAGACAACUUGCAUAUUUUUGAUUUUUCUUCAUCUGGUUUAUGGUGCAACCGAGUAUCUUGGUUGCUACAAAGACGGUUCCCCACGUGAUCUGUCGCAGCGAUUACAUCACAAUAAUAUGACUGCAGACAGCUGCGUCAGCGGUUGUCGUGAACAGGAGUACGAGUACGCUGCCCUUCAGUUUGCUUAUUUGUGUUUUUGUGGCGACCAUUAUGGGACAUUUGGUAAACUUCCCGAUGAGAUGUGUGACAGCGUAUGUAAAAGUCCUGGGGACCAGUACUGUGGCGGGGACUGGAAAAACUCUGUGUACGCAACAGGAUUCAAAAGCAAAAAAAGAAAAGACAAAGAAACAACGAAAACGCGACCAAAUAGUAUUAUUCGAUGGACCGAAGGAAAUAAAAACAUCUGGUGGGUUUCGUUUGGACAAUCCAUGAAGGAAAUUUACAUAUGAUGAAGUAUUUCAUUUGUGAAAUUUGCCUUUUUCCUUUCCUCCGGUGUUUCCACUUGAUCGUGGUAUCUUUUAAAAGUGGACAUUUUCCGUUGUUUUAAGUUUCACCCCUAUGUGUUGUAAGGUGAUAUUUGUUUUGAUGUUUAAAUUUGAAAAUACAUGUUGUUAAAAAUCA